AUGGAUAAGUCAUGGAUGCACUCGGAUAGAAGAUCGAAGGCAUAUGAGUUAGGGGUGGAAGCAUUUUUGAACUUUUCUGUAGAAAAUCUUCUAACUACCACACAUAUCCGUUGUCCAUGUGUUAAAUGUGUUAAUUUGAAAUUGUUUGGGGUUGGAAUUAUAAGGGAUCACUUAUACUUUAAUGGAGUUGACCAAAGCUAUAAGAAUUGGACAUUUCACGGAGAACCUUGGGAAGCAGCUACUAAUGCUAGUAGAAAUGUUGAAGAAGAUGAUGACCAUAGUAGGUACAGUUUUGUGUCUGAAGAAAUAGAGAUGGAUGAUAAUGAUUUUGGUGAUUUUGGAUCUGAUCCUUAUGAGUUUGCCAAUGUGAUUGGGGAUGGAGAUCAACCAUUGUACCCUGGUUGUAGAAAGUACACGAAGUUAUCGGCAUUAGUGAAGUUGUAUAAUUUGAAGGCAAAAUAUGGGAUGAGUGAUGUCUGUUUUACAGAAUUAUUGAUACUUCAAGGCGAUUUGCUUCCAGACGGAAAUACAAUACCGGCCUCUAUGUAUGAGGCAAAAAAGACUUUGUGUGCAUUGGGGCUGAGUUAUGAGAAAAUGCACGCAUGCCCCAAUGAUUGCAUCUUGUAUAGGAAGGAGUAUGAGGAUUUAACUCAUUGUCCUAAUUGUGGUAUCUCAAGGUGGAAGGAAGGCAAAGAUUCAAUCUUGAAAGAGGGUGUGCCAGCGAAGGUGGUGUGGUAUUUUCCUCCAAUUCCAAGGUUUAAAAGGAUGUUUCGAUCACAUGAGACCGCUAAGAGUUUGACUUGGCAUGCUGCUAGAAAAUCAAUUGACGGUUAUAUGUCUCAUCCAGCGGAUUCCCCGUCUUGGAAACUUCUUGAUGAUAAAUGGCCCGAGUUUGGUAAUGAGCCGAGAAACUUGAGAUUGGCUCUUUCAUCUGAUGGAUUCAAUCCCCACAGUUCUCUAAGUAGCAGAUAUAGUUGCUGGCCAGUUAUCUUAGUUACAUAUAAUCUCCCUCCAUGGCUGUGCAUGAAACGAAAGUUCAUGAUGUUGACCUUAUUGAUUUCCGGUCCUAAACAGCCCGGAAAUGAUAUAGACGUCUACUUGGAGCCUUUGAUUGAUGAUUUAAAAUCUUUGUGGGAUGGGAUUGGAGGAGUGUAUGAUGCACAUAAUGGAGAAUACUUUACACUCAGAGCUGCAUUAAUGUGGACAAUUAAUGAUUUCCCCGCCUAUGGAAACUUAUCUGGUUGUGUUGUUAAAGGAUAUAAAGCUUGUCCAAUAUGCGGCGAUGAUACACCUAGUCACAGGUUGAAAAAUGGCCACAAAAUUUGUUACAUUGGGCAUAGAAAAUGGUUACCGAUCAAUCAUCCAUAUAGGAGGCAACGUGCAGCUUUUAAUGGGAAACCUGAAUAUGGCACGCCUCCUGAGCCAUUAACCGGAGAAGAAGUGCUGCAUAUGGUUGAAGAUGGUGACAGAGUUUGUUGGAAGAAGAAAUCAAUAUUCUUUGAUCUCGAGUAUUGGAAAUACCUUCCUGUGAGGCAUGUCCUAGAUGUUAUGCACAUUGAGAAGAACGUUUGCGAUAGUAUCAUUGGUACAUUGCUGGAGAUCCCUGGAAAAAAUAAAGAUGGGAUUGCUGCUCGAUUAGAUUUAUUGAACAUGGGGGUCAAAACUGAUUUGCAACCCGAGUAUGGAGAAAGACGUACUCGUUUGCCUCCCGGGCCUUGGAAUUUGUCAAGAGCAGAGAAGAGAGAGGUUUGCAAUUCUUUCUAUGGUAUGAAGGUCCCUGAAGAUUCAAGACUUCUUGGCCUUAAAUCACAUGAUUGUCAUACCUUAAUGCAACAAUUGCUCCCUGUGGCAAUUCGUUCUGUUUUGGAGAAAGCCUGCAAGACUGUUGAUGUUUCCAAGCUAGAUAAGUUGGAAGAAGAUGUAGUAGUUACUUUGUGUUUGCUUGAGAAGUACUUUCCCCCUUCAUUCUUUGAUAUCAUGGUUCAUCUAGUAGUACAUCUUGUCAGAGAAGUUCGUCUGUGUGGGCCAGUAUAUUUUAGAUGGAUGUAUCCGUUUGAAAGAUAUAUGAAAGUGCUAAAGGGGUAUGUUCAGAAUCGUACUCGUCCCGAAGGUUGCAUUGCUGAGCGGUAUAUAGCUGAAGAAGCUGUAGAGUUUUGUACCGAGCAUUUAUCUGAUGUUAGUACAGUUGGAGUGCCUUCAAGCCAAAAGAUGGGAGUUUCAAAGCCAUUAUCAGGUUGCACAGUGAGCGUAGUUGAUCGGGACCUGUUGAACCAAGCACAUCUAUAUGUCUUGGAGAAUACGGAGGAAGUCCUACCUUAUAUCGAGCAACAUAUGAUCCACAUCCAGACCGCUUAUCCAAAAUUUAGAAAGAGAACAAAGUGGCUGCAGGAUAAGCACAAUAGCACUUUCAUUCAAUGGCUACGCUUCAAGGUUCAAAGUGAACUUAAUGAGGAAGACAAUCAUGGCGUAUCAGAAAAUUUAAGGUGGCUAGCAGCUGGUCCAAACAUGGCAGUGCCAUUAUAUAGGAGCUAUCUCAUUAAAGGUAUUAAAUUCAACAUCAAGGCACAAGAUGAUGUGCGGACAACUCAAAAUAGUGGAGUUUAUUUACUUGCACAUACUAUGCAAGUUGCUAGUGCCAAGGAUAAAAACCCAAUUCUCUCAAAUAUGGGUUUCUAUGGUGUCAUUCAAGAAAUUUGGGACCUUGACUACCAAAAGUUUACAAUCCCAGUCUUUAGGUGUGAUUGGAUUGAUAAUACUUCUGGUCUUGUAGUGGACGAACUUGGAUUUACCCUUGUAGAUUUGAGUAAAAUUGGACAUAGGAAUGACCAAUUUGUUUUGGCUUCUCAAGUCAAACAAGUAUUUUUUGUUGACGACCCGAUGCAUCGUGGUUGGUCGGUAGUGUUAUCAAUGCCUAAUAGAGAAUAUAAUGAUGUUAUUGGUGAUGAUGUCUUAGGUGAUGUGAGAAUUGAGUGUGAGCCAUUUACUAGGGGGAUGCCAAAUGUUGACACAUUUGAUGAAGUGGUGGUUGAGUUAGGGAGUCAAAAUAUUCGAGAUGGGUGUGAAGAUAUAUGGGUUGAAUGA